UCCGGGGGAAUAGAACCCAUCUCUCUAUAUCUUGCUACCCUUUGGUCCCCUCUCUCUAAAGCCUAGUCGAUUGUUUAUCUCUUAAAUCUCCCGUAGAAGAGAGAGUUGAAUAAAGCAAAAGACGAAGAAGAAAAAGAUAUGGCCGAUCAGCUUACAGAUGACCAGAUCUCCGAGUUUAAGGAGGCCUUCAGCUUGUUCGACAAGGAUGGAGAUGGUUGUAUCACUACCAAGGAGCUUGGGACUGUCAUGAGAUCACUGGGGCAGAACCCGACUGAGGCUGAGCUGCAGGACAUGAUAAAUGAAGUGGAUGCUGACGGUAAUGGAACGAUCGACUUUCCAGAGUUCCUAAACCUCAUGGCCAGGAAGAUGAAGGAUACCGACUCCGAGGAGGAGCUGAAAGAAGCAUUCCGAGUUUUUGACAAGGAUCAGAAUGGGUUCAUCUCGGCUGCCGAGCUGCGCCACGUGAUGACAAACCUGGGGGAGAAGCUUACUGAUGAAGAAGUUGAUGAGAUGAUUCGGGAGGCUGAUGUUGAUGGCGAUGGGCAAAUCAACUAUGAGGAGUUUGUUAAGGUGAUGAUGGCUAAGUGAUGAUCCCAUUCAGAUCAAAGUAAAAAAUGAAAAUAAUUAUUAGAAGAGACUGAAGAAACCUAAGAAACUGGAUGGACAGGGUUAACUAGUAUAAUUUUCUCUUUUCACCAAUUUAUGCGUUGAAAUCAAACCUUCAAAACGAUGUAAUGGCUUGUUCUGUUGGUGGUAGAAUUCUUUCUUUCUUGUGACA